AUGGCCUUGCCAGAAUUUGUUGGGGACUUGGUCGUUCUACACUUUGAAACGAAUCUAGAUGACCAUGGACUGAGUAUUGGACGUGCGCCAUGCGAAGUACGGGAGAUUUGUUGGGUCAUUCUUGACGGAAAGACGCUUGAGAAGCAGCAUUGCGGUUCCUGUGCCAUACGCGAUGAAUCCAUCAAGACGGGCGUGUAUACGAGUGUUGAGUCAUUUCGGGAGGCAGUGUACACCCUGGACGAUGUUCUGCAACGGCUUUUGAGCUUCGAGAAUCGAAACUUCACCUUUGUCGUGAUGAACGCCAGGGAAUUACGCGUUUUGUUGCCUAAACAGGCAAAGGACCAUGGAAUUGUUCUUCCUUCGUACCUUCGGUACCCUCGUCUCUUCGAUCUGUCGAAUGAGUAUGCUAAAUGGCAAGUCCGUUCAGGUGUUGUCCCUCCGUACACAAUUACGCUGUCGCACAUCUUCGGUAAGCUGGAUGUCGACUCUCUGCCACCACUGGCGGACUCUGCUUCUGUCCUUGGUAUUAGUGCGGACGAUCUUGCGUAUGUCACCAAGGGUCUCACUCAGUGCUGGCGCUUGGCAAAUGCUGUGACCCUGCUUCUCAUGCGUGCUUCUCGUGACUCGCAAAGCCUGAGUCCUGCUGGAACACCGACGAAGUCUGGUACAUCUUCGUCGCUUGCAGUUCUCACUCGUCCCAUUGACUGUCGUGCGGAUCUGCGAGUCUUUCUGGCUGAGCGAUCUGCCGUUGUUCAUAUUGCUGGUCUCGCAAACGACACGACUCAGGCUGAGCUCGAGAAUUGGUUCGUGAAUCACGGUCUGCGUUCGGUGGCUCUGUGGACGCUCAAGACUCCUGAUCAAUACAAAUCGACGGGUACAGGUUAUGUUGUGUUUUCAUCUCACAAGGAUGCAACGGAUGCUCUUAACUUGAAUGGUUCUUGUUUUGGUGAUCGUAUGCUCGAGAUUACACCGAGUAGUCCUAGAACACUUGAGCGUGCUUCUGAUAUCUUAACAAGCUUUCCUUCAAGCAAGAAUAGACCGCGUCCUGGUGACUGGAAUUGCCCUAUGUGUGGUUUCAGCAAUUUUCAGCGUCGAACCUCCUGUUUCCGUUGCUCAUUUCCUGGCUCCUCCAAUCUUUCGCAACAGAACCUUAGCGGCAGCCUAGGCCACGAUCAGUUCCUUGUUGGCUCUUAUGGCAAUAGUCCCCAUUCCAAUGGUGGAGUCGCCAAUGCUGGGUAUCACGUUGGUUCGUUCCAUUCCGCAUCUCACACUUCUUUGCAACCCUCUUCCAUGCCGAAUGGUGUUAGCGGUUCCGGUGUUCAUUCUUCGAACUCGCGCAAUUCCUUUGGUGGUAAUGUCCCCUUUCGAGCUGGCGAUUGGAAGUGUGGUUCGGGUGGUUGUGGUUAUCACAACUUUGCGAAGAAUGUUUGUUGCUUGCGUUGCGGUGCUAGCAGAGCUACCGCUUCGGUUGUUGCAGACUCUUCUGGUGUAGCUAUUAAUCCGGCGACUCCGCAUGGGUCUUUCUCUAAUUUCUCGUCGUCGCCUUUCAGUGGGGGCUCUUCGCAGAACAACUUUUUGUUGUCUUCUAAUGUCUAUCCUUACUCUCAAAUGUCAUUGAACCAACUAAUGAAGUCGGGUGGAGGCCAUUCCGCUUCAUCAUUUGGCGUUCAGACAUCCCGUUUUGAGGAGUAUAGUAGUAGGAUGAAGGAGAGCCCAGCACGGGCGUAUAAUACAUCGGAUCAAGGGGACUGGCUUUGUGAGUGUGGUUUUACGAACUUCCGGCGACGAACGAAUUGUCUGCGCUGUAAUGCUCCUCAUGCCACUUCUCACCCUAAUAUGCCGGCCUCUUUGCCUUCAAACUUUGGGUCUUUUUUCGGUAACGGUCAGCAUCCGUUUUCUGCUCGUGAAGACUCCAAUCCCAACUUUAUGGGCGGUUUGUCUAAACACUUGGCUGGCAUCUCUCUGAAAGAGGAGCCUGCUUUUCAAGUAUCCCCUUCUGUGUUCCCUUCACAGAAACGCGCAUCUGUUGCGGAACUAUCUGCUAAUGGCCGUCUUUUGUAA